AUGCAUCGCUUCACCGAUAUAGAAUCAACUUCUAAACGAUUACCACCUGUUUAUGGCUAUCUAGCUGAUCAAUUACUACCUUUAAAAGAAGCUAUCAAACCCAUCUUAUCUCAAAUUGAUCAGUUGGAAGAUUUUAGCACACUAGCGAGAAAUAAAUGUCAUUUUCCUUCUGAACAUGGUCUUACUCGUGAUGAAUCAGCUGCAAUUUACCUUUACACAAUGGAAUGGGGAGGCAAUAGUUUCUACCAAGUUAUUAAUCGUGCUCUUCGUGCUGAAGAUCGAUCUUCUUUAGAGCCGUGGUUCGCUUAUCUUAAGCUAUUUGAUUCUGCCGUACAAAAGUUACCUACUCUUCGAAAGAAUCUAUGGCGUGGUGUUCCAGAAGAUAUUACGAGACUCUUUAAGAAAGGCGAUGAAUUUAUAUGGUGGACGAUCAGCUCAUGUUCAACAUCACUUAGUACUAUUCAGCAUUUUCUUGGAUCCAAGUCAACAGUAUUCUUAAUUGAAGCAAUCAACGGAAAAGAUAUCUCAAAAUAUACCAAUUUUCCAGCUGAAACUGAAGUAGUUCUUUGCCCAGGUACCCGACUUCGUGUGAAAGGUGAUCCACUAGAUCAUUCACCAAUGCAUUUAAUCCAUCUAGAAGAAAUUACUUGUGAUCACAAGGAAGAGCAACCUUUCACCUUUCAACAAACAACACCAAACACGUUCACUACUCACACUGAUUCAUUUGGCAAUAAAUACCAAGGACAAAUCAAAGAUGGAAAAAAGCACGGUGAAGGGAAAAUAGAUCAUACAGAUGGUUCUCACUACGAGUCCUUCUAUUCAAAAAUUAUUUCUCAAUGUCAUUUUUAUUGA